AGACUUUGAACUCAUCACCAUGGCAGCUGAGGAGAGAGAAACAGUGCCACAGAGGGAGAGAGUCAAAGAGAGAUCUGGAUAACAAUGGUGAGAGCACCUUGCGUUGACAAAAAUGGGAUCAAGAAAGGGGCUUGGAGCGAAGAAGAAGAUGAUCAAUUAAGAGCUUAUGUUCACCGAUAUGGCCAUUGGAAUUGGCGUGAACUUCCCAAAUAUGCCGGGUUAGCUAGAUGUGGCAAGAGUUGUAGAUUGCGUUGGAUGAAUUAUCUUCGACCGACCGUGAAACGCGGGAAUUUCAGUAAAGAAGAAGAAGACCUAAUCGAGAAAUAUCAUAAGGAUAUGGGAAACAAAUGGUCAGCCAUUGCUGCAAAAUUACCAGGAAGAAGCGAUAACGAGAUCAAAAACCAUUGGCACACCCACCUGAAAAAACGCACCCCCAAACCAGUUCAAGAUAUCUCUAAAAAAGAAGAACAAAGUUCUUCAGUUGAACAGAUUAUGCUAUUUACAGGUCAACCUCCCAGUGUUGUUUCGACAUCUAACACUAACGUAAUUUCCAACGAGUCAUCAGCAUCUCAUAGAAUAUCUGACGAGUCAUCAGCAUUUCACAGACCAACAAUCGAGUCGUUGGCAUCACAAAGAACUUCUGAUGAUUCAUCAUCACAUUCCUCAGGUGUAGAGCGCAGAUUGUUCAUAGAUUUGAAUCAAGAAUAUGUCGAGACAUUAGAGUAGGAAUGAGAUAAGGGUAUGGAGUGGAGUGCUGAUAUGACUACCGGAAGAUGGAGUAAUUGUUCCGAAAAAGGUAAAACCUUUCGAUCCCCCAACGAAAGGUUUUCGAAAACUAUUCAAAAUUGUUGUUUUGUAAAUGAACAACAAUUUCCUCAAGUUCCAUAUCAAAUUUGUCAUUCCUUUCUUUCUUUAGAUUUUUUCUGGGAAUUUACAUGUGCAGCACAAGAAAAUAUGUGUUAACUACAGCAAGUUCUUAUCACAAUAGAUUGAUUAAUAC